AUGGUGUAUUACUUUUCCUCCAGUGUCGUGGAGCCGGCGGGCUUCAUUUACGUGGGCAAGGACAAGUUUGAGAACGAGGAUCUCAUCAAGUAUGGCUGGGAGGAAGAUGUCUGGUAUGAGACCGGGUCCCCUUUCCCUCCUCUUUUACCACUGGCUGACACCCUCUGUGCUCUCCCUCUAUCCAGGUUUCACGUCGACAAGCUCUCCAGCGCCCACAUCUACCUGCGCAUGCAACCCGGCCAGACAUGGGACAACCUGCCCGACGAGCUGGUCAUGGACCUGGCACAGCUCACAAAGGCAAACUCAAUAGAAGGUUCGUUUCCACGCUCCUCAGUCUUGCCCAUUCCAUCGAAUCUCGUGAAGCAGUGCUCAUCAUCUUCUCUCUCACUCACAGGCAAUAAAAAAGACAACAUCACCGUCAUCUACACGCCCUGGUCAAACCUCAAAAAGGACGGCAGCAUGGACGUCGGCCAAGUCAAGCGCAUCCUCGUCCCCCACCGCGAAAACCCCAUCGUCAACCGCCUCAACAAGACAAAAGUCGAAAAGAAGCCCGACCUCAAGGCCGAGCGAGACGACGUGCUCAAGGAGCUGCGCAAGAGAGACCAGGCCGCCCAGCUGAUCAAGAAAAAAGAAGAGCAGCGACAGGCACAAGAAUGGAAGGAAAAGAAGUGGCAAAAGGACCAUGCCUACGACGACUUGUUCACCGACGAGAACAUGGCUGCGUCGAGUAACCAGGAUCGAGCGCAAGACUGGGAAGACGACUUCAUGUAG